AAAGGAGUGGGUGAACAUGGCUGAAGGCACCCGGGUCGGCCCAACGUGCCACGGGAUGGGUAGCAGGCAGGACCCCGUCUCCAGCAGUGGGAGCUGCAACUUUCCAGAGUACGAGCUUCCCGAGCUAAAUACGCGUGCAUUCUAUGUGGGCGCUUUCGGGGAGCUGUGGCGUGGCCGGUUGCGCGGAGAAGGGGACUUGUCGCUGAAGGAGCCGCAAGCAUCCGCGCUGCCAGGGAGCCAGGGGGUCGCAGAGUGGGGCCAGGAGGAUGCUGCGGUGGCCCGAGAUCUGGGCUGCAGCUUGGAGGCGGCAGCAGAGCUGCGGACCGUGUGCGGCCUUGAUAAAUUAAAGUGCCUUGAGGAGGGUGAGGACCCAGAAGUCAUCCCAGAGGACACCGACCUAGUGACUUUGGGGGUUAGAAAGAGGCUUCUGGAACAGCGGGAAGAAACCAUAACAAUAGAUCGGGUUUGCAGGCAAGAAACCUUUGCUUACGAGAUGGAGUCACAUGCCAUAGGAAAAAAGCCUGAAAACCCAGCAGACAUGGUUGAAGAAGGGGAGCUUAUCCUAUCUGUGAAUAUCUUGUACCCCGUUAUAUUUCAUAAGCACAAAGAACACAAACCAUACCAGACGAUGCUGGUAUUGGGCAGUCAAAAGCUCACGGAACUGAGGGAUUCAAUUUGUUGUGUCAGUGACCUCCAGAUUGGUGGCGAAUUCAGCAACACUCCUGAUCAAGCUCCCGAGCACAUAAGCAAAGACCUGUACAAAUCAGCCUUCUUUUAUUUUGAAGGAACAUUUUAUAAUGAUAAGAGAUACCCUGAGUGCAGAGAUUUGAGCAGAACUAUCAUUGAGUGGUCAGAGUCCCAUGAUAGAGGCUAUGGAAAAUUUCAGACCGCUAAAAUGGAAGAUUUUACCUUCAAUGACUUGUAUAUUAAACUGGGUUUUCCUUACUUAUAUUGUCACCAGGGAGACUGUGAGCAUGUUGUCGUCAUCACUGACAUAAGGCUUGUGCAUCGUGAUGACUGCUUGGAUAGGACCCUUUAUCCCCUUCUUAUCAAGAAGCAUUGGUUAUGGACCAGAAAAUGUUUUGUUUGUAAAAUGUACACAGCCAGAUGGGUGACGAACAAUGACAGUUUUGCACCAGAGGACCCAUGUUUCUUUUGUGAUGUUUGCUUUCGGAUGCUCCACUAUGAUUCAGAAGGCAACAAACUGGGAGAAUUCCUUGCUUAUCCUUAUGUUGAUCCUGGAACCUUUAAUUAAUAACAAAAGUACACCCUUGUGAAGUAACUACCCUGUGGAUGGUUACUUUAUUUCCAAAACAUGUCACUGAGGAACAGGAUCCACCCGAAACAAUCAGCCAGUUACCCACCCCCCUGCACAAGUUCAGAUCACCGGUUUUCUUACAAAGUAACUUGUGUUUAGAAAUACAUUAGUUUAGUAUUUAUUCCAAAAUAUGGUUAUUUAGUGCCUCUGCCCAUUAAGUGUGUUUAUCUAAGUUGUAGGAGUACUUUAUAUAUUUUGAAUACAAAUCCUUUGUCAGAUUCAAGUGUUCUGAUUUUUGCCCAGUCUGUGGCUUGUCUAUUCAUUCUGUGUCCAGAGUGGUUUUUGCUAAUCUGUAAUUAGAAAAAUUCAGUUAAUGAUACAUCAAGUGGUGGGAGUAUUUUGAAAAUUCUUUGAAGAGUGCGAGAGCUACACCUUGUACCCUGAGGCUUCCAAGGUAAACAUCAUUCAAUUAUCUGUAAUAAAAAUGAGGAACAAGAAUAAAAGUAGAUUUAACAAAUAACAGCAUUAAGAAUAGCUAUUGUGUAAUCUGUUCUCACAGCGGGUUCGUUUAUAUUGUUUUGUUAGAAACUAGUAGGCACACUAAACAUUUUAAUGAGACUCACUGCAUGAAUAAU